CGGACAGCCCCGGGAGCCCCGGGACCAGCGGCAGUCAGGGACCCUUCCGCAACCGCUGCCACUGCCUCAGCCGUCCCCAGAGCAGCAGCACAGAAUAAAUAUGGCAGAACUUUUGGAGCCAGAAGGAAGCGUAGAUUGGAAGGAAAGAUGUAUAACCUUGGAAUCCCAACUCAUGAAAUUUAGACUCCAGGCAAGCAAGAUCAGAGAGCUUUUAGCAGAGAAGAUGCAGCAGUUGGAGAGACAAGUUAUUGAUUCAGACCGUCAAGCAGAGAGAGCUUUUCAACAGGUACAGGCUAUGGAGGAGAAAUUAAAAGCAGCUAAUAUUCAAACGAGUGAAGCUGAGACCAGAUUAUAUAAAAAGUGUCAAGAUCUGGAGACUCUACUCCAGGAAAAGGAUGACGUCAUACAGAACUUGGAACUCCAACUUGAAGAACAGAAACAAUUGAGAAUACAAGAAGCUAGAAUAAUAGAAGAGAAAGCAGCCAAGAUUAAAGAAUGGGUGACUGUCAAACUACAAGAGCUGGAAUUGGAGAAUCAGAACCUCCGUUUGAUCAACCAAAAUCAAACUGAAGAAAUAAGAACGAUACAGGCAAAACUCCAAGAAGUUCAAGGGAAGAAACUGUCCACUGCCUCCCCACCAAAGCCUUCAGAAGGCCAGCGCCUAAGCAGUUUGACUUUCGGAUGCUUUUUAUCCAGAGCAAAGAGUCCUCAGCAAGUAAUUAAAUCAGAAGAAAUAAGCAAGAUAUCGUCUAAAGAACCUGAGUUCCCAGAAGGAAAUCAUGUAGAAGAAAUGGACAUCCCAGAAACUUCCCUUGGUAACCAAGUACAAGAACACAACAAAGGUCAGAGGUCUUUACAGCAAAACUCCUGUAGCUUGGAACAGAAUGGGGCAACAAAGGCAAGUUACACCCUCCAAGGUGUAGAUGGCGUCAAAGACACAUCAAAGAAUUCCUGUGUCACCGUAAGUGACUGGAGUUCUGAUGAGGAAGAAGAAAGCAAAGAAAGGUCCAAAUCCAGGUGUGACUCUACCCUUUCUAGUCAUACUUCAGAGGACAGUACCAGGUACAGCAGAAUGGGAAGUGAAAUGUAUUUGACAGCAUCUGAUGACAGCAGUUCUUUAUUUGAGGAAGAGAGUUUUGGCAUUAAGAGAACUGAGCACAAGAAGUUAUAUUCCUGGCAACAGGAAGCACAAUGGAAGGCUCAGAACAGUAUAAGUGGAAAAGGAAAUUGUGAAUCACGGAGUAAAAAAGGGAAAGAUGGUUUUUCAGAUGAACUGCACAAGAAAUUUCAGUGCCAGAGACUGGAUUAUUCAUCUUCAUCUAGUGAAACCAACACCCCAAGUCCUAUUUUAACCCCAGCGUUAGCCCCCAAGAAUCCUAGCCUGCUGCCCACUGAAGGACAUCAGCAUUCGAUGCCGUUCCAUCCUUCCUCAAAUCUGCCCCCUGCAAAGUUAAGGAUUCCUAAUGUUUUCAGUAUAAGUGUUGCUUUGGCCAAAAGACACUUGAGUCAGCCCCAGUUAAGUUCUGACCGAAUGUUUGGCAGAAACAGAAACGCCAUAAGCAUGAUCCGACCCCUCAAACCUCAGGAAACAGAUAUCGAUCUGGUUGAUGGAGAUAGCACAGAGAUCGUAGAAAAUAUGGAUGUUGGUUAUGAUGAUGGAGUGUUUUCCUAUGACUCCCUUGAAGCACCUUGUUCAGAAGAUUCAGAAGUAUGUGAUUCAGUUGCAAAAAAGGCAGCUGGAGGCAAACCUCCAACUCCUCCACUUCAUCGGUUUCCUUCCUGGGAAAGCAGGAUUUAUGCUGUGGCCAAAUCAGGCAUUCGAAUGUCUGAAGUCUUCAGUACAGAUAAUAUUAAUAAAAAUUCUUUGUUGAUGCCUUCUUAUUCUACAUCAGGACUGUAUACAUCUCUGAUUUACAAAGAUAUGACAACUCCAGUGUAUACAACUUUGAAAGGGAAGGCAACCCAAAUAAGCAACAGCCCAUUCUUAGAUGACUCAUCAGGAUCUGAAGAGGAAGACAGUUCUAGAUCCAGUUCCCGGACAUCUGAAUCAGAUUCUCGAAAUCGAAGCAGGCCAGGGAGCCCUCGAGCCAUGAAACGAGGUGUGUCUUUAUCCUCUGUAACUUCUGAAAGCGAUUAUGCUAUUCCUCCUGACGCCUAUUCAACGGAUACAGAAUAUUCAGAACCAGAGCUGAAGCUCCCCAAAACUUGUUCUUCUUCCAGUGAUAAUGGAAAAAAUGAGCCCCUGGAAAAAUCUGGCUAUUUGUUAAAAAUGGGUGGUAAAGUAAAGACCUGGAAACGGAGGUGGUUUGUUCUUAAAGGUGGUGAAUUACUUUAUUACAAAUCUCCGAGUGAUGUGAUUAGAAAGCCCCAGGGCCAUAUUGAACUUAGUAUGUCCAGUCAUAUCGUUAGAGGAGAUAAUAAACAAACAGUUCAGUUGACUACUGAGAAACGCACCUACUACCUGACUGCAGAUUCUCCCAAUAUAUUAGAGGAAUGGAUUAAAGUCUUACAGAAUGUCCUUCGAGUCCAAGCUGCCAAUCCUCUUUUCCUCCAACCUGAUGGAAAACCAACAGUCAAGGGGUUGCUUACCAAGGUGAAACAUGGCUACUCUAAGAGAGUUUGGUGUACACUCAUAGGAAAAACAUUGUAUUAUUUUCGUAGUCAAGAAGAUAAGUUUCCUUUAGGCCAGAUCAAACUUUGGGAGGCUAAAGUUGAUGAAGUUGACAGAUCUUGUGAUUCUGAUGAAGAUUAUGAGGCCAGCGGUCGCAGUCUGUUAUCUACACAUUAUACCAUCGUUAUCCAUCCCAAAGAGCAAGGACCAACCUACCUUCUAAUUGGAUCCAAGCAUGAAAAGGACACUUGGCUUUAUCAUCUAACUGUUGCAGCCGGAAGCACCAAUGUAAAUGUCGGGUCUGAAUUUGAACAGCUGGUUUGCAAACUGCUUAAUAUAGAAGGGGAACCCACUUCUCAGAUAUGGAGACAUCCUGCUCUGUGUCAUAGCAAAGAAGGAAUCAGUUCACCUCUGACAACACUGCCUUCUGAAGCUCUGCAGACUGAAGCUAUUAAAUUAUUUAAGACAUGCCAGCUCUUUAUAAAUGCUGCCGUUGACUCACCCGCUAUCGAUUACCACAUAUCUUUGGCCCAGAGUGCUUUGCAGGUCUGCCUCACACACCCUGAACUACAGAAUGAAAUUUGUUGUCAACUCAUUAAACAGACAAGACGAAGACAAGCACAGAAUCAACCUGGGCCAUUGCAGGGUUGGCAGCUCUUGGCUCUCUGCGUUGGACUCUUUCUUCCACAACAUCCAUUCCUUUGGCUCCUGAAGCUUCACCUGAAGAGGAACGCUGAUUCAAAGACAGAAUUUGGGAAAUAUGCUAUUUACUGCCAGCGAUGUGUAGAGAGAACUCAACAAAAUGGAGAUAGAGAAGCAAGACCCUCAAGAAUGGAAAUUCUUUCGACCCUUCUUCGAAAUCCUUACCAUCAUUCAUUGCCCUUCAGUAUCCCAGUACACUUCAUGAAUGGAAUAUAUCAGGUAGUUGGAUUUGAUACUUCUACCACGGUGGAAGAAUUUUUGAAUACUUUAAACCAAGAAACUGGAAUGAGAAAGCCAGCCCAGUCUGGAUUCGCACUCUUUACAGAUGACCCUUCUGGCAAAGAUUUAGAGCACUGUCUUCAAGGAAACAUCAAGAUUUGUGACAUUAUUUCUAAAUGGGAACAGGCUUCCAAAGAACAGCAGCCUGGGAAAUGUGAAGGUACGAGAACCGUGCGCCUAACUUAUAAAAACAGGCUUUACUUCUCAGUACAAGUCCGUGGGGAGAGUGAAAGAGAAAAGCUCCUAUUAAUGUAUCAGACAAAUGAUCAAAUAGUAAAUGGACUCUUUCCUCUGAAUAAGGAACUGGCAGUGGAAAUGGCUGCUCUUUUAGCUCAGGUGGAGAUUGGAGAUUUUGAGAGACCUUUCUCAACUCCAGCAGGGCAAGUGACUUAUCAAUACAAGGCAAACCAAACUCUAAAACAAGUCAUAGAGAAAUUUUAUCCUAAAAGGUAUAGAAAUGGCUGUUCUGAAGAACAAUUAAGACAACUUUGUCAACGAUUGUCAACUAGAUGGAUGGCUCUCCGUGGACACAGUGCUGCUGAAUGUAUGCGCAUUUACCUGACUGUAGCCAGGAAGUGGUCAUUCUUUGGUGCAAAAUUGUUUCUUGCAAAACCAGUAAUUCCAUCAACAUUGGGGAAUACUUUCAUAUGGCUAGCUGUACAUGAAGAUGGAAUUAGUAUCUUGGAAUAUAACUCCAUGAGGUUAAUAGUGACAUAUGUGUACAAAAUCCUAAUGACCUUCGGAGGUUAUCAAGAUGACUUUAUGGUGGUUAUUAACAGUGCACAUUCCAAGGACAAACCAACAGAUAAACUCCUUUUUACCAUGGCAAAGCCUAAGAUUCUUGAAAUAACUCUUUUGGUUGCUAGCUACAUUAACAACUUCCAUCAGCAAAAAGCAGCUCUUCACCACCUCUCAGCUCCUGCACUGUUGUCUGCUCAAAAAGGAAGGCCCAAAAACAAAGACAUGGGGAGCCAGCCACUGCUGUUAAACAACAGACCAACUAAAGGCCCAACUUUACUGUGAAAUUUCAGAAGCUGGUGACACUAUAAAGCAGCUGAAUGUCUGGGAACAUGACUCAGUGUGCUCAGAGGUGUUUACAUCCAAGAGAAUGACACAUCCAUCAGUAUUUCAAAACCAAAAUGAUAGGAAAGAUUGUUACUCCUUUUUAUGAGACUAUUUAAAAUAUAAAUGAGCACUUAGUUACAGUAGAACAAAAUAAAAGCUGUUUACAAACACUAAACUGGUCUAAUCAUACAAUCAGGUCUUUGAAGAGCCCUUCAAAGGUCAAAUUGUCCAAUCCUCUGCCAGUACUUAGUUGACUAUUUGUUAUAUUUGUGAAGAUCUAGGCUCUAUAACCUCCCUUUGUAAUUUGGUCCAGCGUUUACCUACCUUUGUUACUCGGAAGUUACUAAUUAAGUAAAAAGUUACCUUUAGUGAAAAUAUAAUUGGAAAAGCAUAGAAUAGAAAGUUCAAGAAAACAAUUACAGUGUGGUAAGUUUUUAAGGGGUACAGUGGAUCUGCUAGAUUUGUGUGUGAUAAAAUAGGAAACCUCCUAUAGUACUUAAAAACUGUGCCCCUUCACAUUUCCAGUUCACUGAUGUCAAAUUCUGUUGCCCUGAAAUUUAAAAAACGAAAGUGAUUCCCAACUUGCCUUGGCUUUCUGUGUGCUAUGAAUUUGCUGAAAAAUUGACAGCAUUCUUCUCCCUUGGUUCCAUUUGCUUCUCACUGUCCUUAGUUGAAUGUAAUAGUAUUUGAAGACAUGCAUUCCUUUUUUCCCCCAUAUAUGGUAAAGCACUUUACCUGAAGAGAAUUCAGUGUCCGCAUGUCUUCUGAGUUUUUCUUGUCUUGAAAGUUAGUAGCCUUCAGAAUCUUAAAAAUAGAGUACAUUAAACUUGACAUUAGCAUUUUUAACAUAGGAUUAUAAAUCAUGGGGUGAUUCCUCAAAGCUUAAAAAUGGUGUCCUUUGGUUAUUAAAUUUUUCAAUGUUAGGGUAAUGUCCUUAUUCCUGAAGAAAGUUGGAAUGAUGUAAAUGACUUGAACACAAAUAAUGGCAGUGAGUUUCCAAGAAGGAAUCUUCCCAACAAUGAUGUACUUUUGAACGACUUUCAUUAAACCACAGAUAGCCAUUAAAUAACCACCCCUUGUGCAACCCUUUUUGUGAAACCAUCUGGAGACUAAACAAACCUAUGAAUUCAUCCAGGUGGGCACUCUCUUUAAUGAUGAAAAUUGAAACUCGGCCAUCAUCAUCUGGGGUGCUAUAAAUCUUCCACUGAGUCUCCCUUUUCAUCUCCUGACAUUUAGUGGAUACCACACUUUAUGGAACCCAUAGGCUGUCUAUUUAUUUAAACAUGUUUAAGAUGAUUUAUUUUUUAAAAACAGCUUUUGCUGUUACCUCAUGAUGUUACUCAAAGAGGUAAAGACUUGGUUUUUAGAAGCAGGAAGCAUGUUAAAUUACUGGGCAAUGCAGUAUAGAGUUCAUGUUAAAAUAAAAUGUUUAACAUAAAUUCCUGCUACAGAUUGGAAUUACAGUGGCUGGGGUGGGGAAGGGGAAUAAAAUAUAAGCAUUGUAGUACUAAUCAUUAGUUAGUAACUACUCACAAUUUUAAUUUAUGUGGAGAAUAUUUCUAUUUGUUCUUUUGGAGGUAUAUUUAUCUCUUUUCACCAGGUAUUUUUAAAAGCAAAUUCCAAAAUUAUUAGAUUUUAAGGAAAGGAGUAGAAAGUGUGGAGGAGUGAAAAGGAUGCUGGGUUUGGAAUCAGAUCACCUGCUUUUAAAUUACAUCUCUUCCACUUCACUGCUUGUGUGACCUCUAGCAAUUCACAACCUUUCUGGGCCUCAGUUUACUCGUUUGUAAAAUGAGGGGGUUGAACUGAAUGACUUUCCGAGUCUAAAUCUAUGAUCAUCCCUAAAUGUAAUGAUUUGCUGGUAUUGUUCUUUGCCUUGUUUUAUUUUUUUGUUGCCCCUUUCUCUUUCUGACCAUGCACUGAUCUCACUUUAAACCUUUUCCACAAGUACCCUACUUAACUUAUAGAAAGUUAAUAAAACUUUCUAUAAAAACUUGAGAACAUCUGCUGACUUCAGAAGAGUAUUCCACUUCCCCACAUGGAGAAAGGGAAUUGCCCACAAGUGUGUGACUAUAAUUAUAAUGCUUCUUUAAUACUUUGUAAAAACCCAUUGGUGUUCACUGGUGGCACGCCAUGCCUGGGACAUAGUAAUUGCAUAAUAAAUGUUUGUAGGUUGGUUGAUGUCUAGAAGGGUGCCCUCCACCAAUGCCCACCACAGCCCUUCCAUGCCUUAGUGGAUGACUGUCAUGCAUUGUUGUAGACAAAAAAUGUAAUAUCUGAUAGUCCACCUCCUGGACAUGAGUGAGCUCUUCUGAUUAUCUAGGAUGUUCUUCCUGUAAGGUAGAAUUUGUUGCCAGGCCUAUACUUGAAAUCUCUUUGCCUUGUUUGACCUGCCAAGAGUUUUUUUCUCUGUAGGCAUAGCCUUCAAGUAACCAGGCAUCACCUUCAUCCUAUAAUGAGACGUCAGAGAAAACUGUGAAUAGAGAAUAGUGAUAAUCUACUAGUUUGGUAAUGACUCAAAGAAAGGUCCUUUCUCCUACCCUCCCUCCAACAAGCAAACAAACAAACGAAUACAAAUUAUUUUCAGGAAAAGUUCCUGAUCUCACAUUCUGAGUAUUGUUACUCCACCCAACUACUGUCCAGCCCUUCAGUGUAAUAUUCAUUCUCUCUCAUUAUUUGUUAACCAAUCAGAGUUGAUUUCCACCCUCUGGAACACCUACUUUUCCAGGGUCAUAUAAGGCUUGAGCCUGCAGUCAUGAGGGUUUUUGGCAUUGGAGAGUGCCAUUGACCUCUUUUAAAAAUGUUAGCGUUAUUUUUAUUUUUUUUGGUGAGUCAAUCGGGAUUAAGUGACUUGCCCAGGGUCG